AUGUUCUUUCUGACAGCGCACCGCGCCACCAGAGGACCGACGUUCAACGAUGCGCCCGACAGACGGUUCUUCCGCAUCUGGCCCAUGGCAGCGUUGAUCUUUUCUGUGCUGGUGUUUCUCGCCGGUGCCGUUGUUGCCAUUCAGUACAAGGAGAAUUUCUCAAUAUGGCAGUUACAACAAAAAGGAACGGUUGCAACUGAGAAGAUCAGGCCACCGACGAGUGAAGUGCCCGUCCAGCCAACCGAAGAACCCAACGUCUGUGAGAAGAAGAACCAAUGCCGGCCUUCAGGCAGCGAACCGUUGCCGAGGGGCAUCGUGCAGGACAAGUCCAAUUUCGAGAUGGUCCAGAUGGAGUCGCUGGGUGCCGAUCCUGAACGGAACGACGACGCCAGGCCGCCGAAAAGCCUCCUGGCGAUCCCCGUCGGCAUCAAGCAGAAGGCGGUCGUCGACAAGCUUGUCGCCAAGUUCCCGGCUGCCAACUUCGUCGUGAUGCUGUUCCACUACGACGGCGUGGUCGACGGGUGGCGAGACCUCAAGUGGUCGGACGACGCGAUCCACGUCGCCGUGCGCGACCAGACCAAGUGGUGGUUCGCCAAGCGGUUCCUGCACCCCGACGUGGUGGCGGAGUACGAGUACAUCUUCCUCUGGGACGAGGACAUGGAGGUGGACAGCUUCGACCCGCUCGAGUACCUGCGGAUCGCGAGGAGGGAAGGGCUCGAUAUCUCGCAGCCGGCGCUGGACCGCCGGUCGCAGAUACACCACCGGCUCACGGCCCGCGCGCGCAACGUCGACGUCCACCGGCGGUUCUACAAGACGAGCGGCCAUGGCCGGUGCUACGGCAACAGCACGGGGCCGCCGUGCACGGGGUGGGUGGAGAUGAUGGUGCCGGUGUUCUCGCGCGCGGCGUGGCGGUGCGCGUGGCACAUGAUUCAGAACGACCUCAUCUACGCCUGGGGGAUGGACUUCAAGCUUGGCUACUGCGCGCAGGGCGACCGGCGGCACAACGUCGGCGUAGUCGACAGCCAGUACGUGCUCCACCGGGGUAUCCCCACGCUCGGCGGCGGCGGCGGCGCCGCGGCGCCAGUGUCAGCGUCGGCGCCGACGCCGGCGGCAGACCGGUCGGCGGUGCGGCAAAGAUCCUCCACCGAGCUGCAGGUGUUCAAUAGGAGAUGGAACGAGGCCGUCGAGGAGGACGGGUGCUGGACCGACCCUUAUCCGACGACGGCGACCAAUGGUUGACGGACUGAUCGAUCA